AUGUCUUUCUCCAACCCUACUGCCACCCUGGCCAAUGGCCAGCCAAGCGCCAAUCCAGGCUCCGUGCAACAAGUCCGCUAUGGACAAACCAACGGUGGCUUGGUCCUUCUGAGCGAUACCCAAACUAUCGAAGUCCUCGCUCAUUUUGCACGUGAACGCAUUCCAGAGCGGAGCGUGCACGCAAAGGCUGCUGGUGCCUUUGGCGAGUUUGAAGUCCUCGACGACAUCUCUGAUUUGACCGAUGCAGAUUUCCUCACUGGCAUUGGAAAGAAAACAAAGGUUCUGACUCGCAUCUCCACGGUCGGUGGUGAAAAGGGAUCCAGCGACACAGUUCGAGAUGUUCGAGGCUGGGCAACAAAGUUCUAUACCAACGAAGGUGUCCAGGAUUUCGUCUUCAAUGACCUUCCUGUCUUCUUCAUCCGGGAUCCGAUCAAAUUCCCUUCCAUGAACCGAAGCCACAAGAGACACCCCCAGACCAAUAUUCCUGAUAACUCCAUGUUUUGGGACUUUCACAAGAACAACCCAGAGGGUAUCCACGCUCUGAUGCACUUGUUUGGACCGCGUGGUAUCCCAGCUUCCUUGAGGAACAUCAAUGGCUUUAGUGUUCACACUUAUACCUUGAAUAAAUCUGAUGGAAGCUACGUCUAUGUCAAGUGGCACUUCAAGCCCGAUGACGGAAUCAAGAAUAUGGACCCAAAGGUUGCUGUCCGCCUCGCUGGCGAAGACCCAGACUAUCACGUCAAAGAUCUCUUCAAAUCUAUCGAGAAGGGUGAUUACCCAACCUGGUCGGUGUGCAUUCAAGUCAUGAAGCCUGAAGACGUCAAGUCGGCGCCCAUUGACAUUUUCGACUGCACGUAUACUUGGCCAUAUGAGAAAUAUCCUCUGCGCCGUGUUGGCCGCUUGACCUUGAAUCAAAAUCCGAGCAAUUAUUUUCAGGAUAUUGAGCAAGCUUGUUUCUCGCCAUCUAACAUGGUCCCAGGCAUCGGGCCCUCCGCCGAUCCGGUUCUUCAAGCACGAAUGUUCAGCUACCCAGACGCUCAUCGCUACCGCGUUGGCCCCAACUACUUCCAGCUCCCACCCAACCGGCCAUCCAACAAGGUGUACGCACCAUAUGUGCGAGAUGGUCCCGGAACCAUGAAUGGAAACUACGGCAGUGAUCCUGAUUACGUCUUCUCAGAGCUCCGCCCGGUUUCCCAGAGCGCCAGAUUUCAGAUGCCGCUUCACGAACAAUGGAACGGACAGGUAACGCCUUUCGCGACUUCAGUUACCGACAAGGACUUUGAGCAGGCUCGCAAGCUUUGGGAGAUUAUGUGUAAAGAGGAGAAUGGCAAGGAGCAGCUCCUUCACAACAUUCUUCCCACGCUGGUGGAUAUCCCGGCAAGCCUGAGGAAAGAAGUGCUGAACUACCUUGGGCGUGUGGACAAGUCCUUGAAGGAAUACCUCGAGCAUGGACUUGCAGGCAAAUAG